CCCGUCUCCAAUCAGAGGCAAGCACGCAGACUAAGGCAAAAGGCAACUUGGGUUGAGAAAGGAUAUAGUAAUUUUGGGAUCCUUUGGACUGAGUCUUGAUGUACAGUAAGAAUGGUGGUAUUGGGGAUACCCGGGACAGCAGGGAAAACUACAUGUACGAUCCGUCCUCCAACAUCAACAUCCCGCACCACAGGGGGAGCACCUUGUUAUGUUUCGCCCCACUGCGCCCCAGUCAAUGCCAAACUUCUCAGACUCAUAAUUGUCACUCAACAGGCGACUACUUGAAGUGCUUGGUAGCCUGUAAAUAGUAUCACAGAGAUGCUCUUGCCAGCUUGGAUCAUCGUGCCAAAGUUUAUCUCUUGUUGAAGACGACCAGAGCUGCGGCGACGUCUGCAAGCCAAGUUUUAGUAAUGCGAAGACGUGCUGAUGACAAAUUCUUGGUGUGAAUAUUGGUUUAUCUCGCCUUUCGAAUUGCUUUCCGGUGUAUUCUGAUCUCUGGAAAGUAGAAAGCAGUCAAGGUGCAGCCAGUAUCAAAUGCAAUAGCUAUCAGAGUCACAGUGACAAAGUCCCGAUAGUGCUCAGGUGCUAAAAGGCACAGCCUUGGGGC